AUGUGUAUCGUGAAUAGUUGGCGCAAAUGUACGCGAAAGUCCGAUGAGUUACUGACACUGGAUGGCAAACACUCGUCUAAAGGAAUAGCCGUUGCCGGUCAGCACAAUAUUUAUGGAGAAAUGGGUACUCACAUGGAUUGGGAUAAGACGAAUACAGCGUGUUGGGUUGCAUAUGACGUGGCUUAUCCUUACCUGAAAGAAGUGUGUGAGUUCUGGGACGAACAGCUGACGACUGUGACGAAAGGCACUAAAGAGCAGUUGGGAAAACUGGUUGUCCCUAAAGGGUGGUCACCAGAGCACGAACCCCAUGAGGACGGCUGUAGCUAUAAUGAGAUCGUAUGGGAUUUGUACACAAAUUUCGUGAAAGCGGCGGAUGUGUUGGGAGUCGACAAGGAGUACAGGGAUAUCGUGGCGAGUAAGAGGGAUAAGCUGUUAUGGCCAGGGAUUGGAUCGUUUGGACAAUUGAUGGAAUGGAUGGAAGAGCAAAAAGACGAGAAGACCGACCAUCACAGACAUACUUCCUAUUUGUUUGGCGUAUUUCCUGGACAUCAGUUCAAUUGGGAGACAUCACCCGCUUUGGUCAACGCUUCCCUGGUGUCACUUAACGCCAGAGGUAUAGACCCAAAGAGCGAUGUGAGGGAGUGGUCGUUUGCGUGGCGCACAGCCAUAUACGCCCGGCUCAGGGAUGCCGAGAACGCCCACCAUUUACUCCACGAGUUGUUGUCCGAUCGUAAUACCUGUCCAAAUAUGUUUGGAUUACACGCUCCGAUGCAAAUCGACGGCAAUUUCGGUAUUACCGGAGCCAUCGCCGAAAUGCUGGUCCAGAGUCACGAACAAGUCAUCGAACUGUUACCGGCUCUGCCCCGGGAUUGGGCGGCCGGACACGCGAAAGGACUGCGGGCGAGAGGGGAACACCAGUUAGACAUCUAUUGGGCUAAUCAUACCCUGAAUAAUGUGUUGAUUAAGAGUGCUUUCGCCGGCGACGUAUUUGUCACAUGUGUCCGGGCGAGUGACAAAGUGUUUUGGUAUGAAAGCCCGGCCGCGGACGGCAUGAAUGAGGCCCUGCCUAUCGGUAAUGGACGUAUAGGUGGACUGGUUUAUGGACACCCGGAAAAGGAGAUAAUAAAUAUGAAUGAAAUAACUUUAUGGACGGGUGAUGACAACCCGACCCAAGUCUAUCACGGACCAGGUUUUGGUGAUUAUCAGACUUUGGGUAAUAUUUACGUCGAUUUACCCGAACAUAAGGUCAACACUCAGUACAAGCGAGCGCUGGAUAUCGGGGACGCGGUUACGACCGUUCGGUACGAAUCACAUGGCGUUCAAUACAAACGCGAAUACUUUGUGAGUCACGUGUCGGACGUAUUGGUCGGCCGGUUGACCGCCGAUAAGGGAAAGGCAUACACCGGACGCAUAGAACUGCAGGACUCGCAUAAAGUGACCGCAAAUGCGGUGAACAAUACAAUCGCAGUUGACGGCAAACUAGUGAAUGGAUUGCGGUUUGCGUGGAAAGUGUUGGCCCAACACACGGGCGGUACUCUCAAAGUGAACGGCACUGUCAUUGAGUUCAACGGCUGCGACGCCCUGACACUCAUCGUUAGCGCCGGUACUGACUAUGUGUUCGACGACCAAAAGAAGUUUAAGUCCGGCGAAGACCCCGCUGUUCACGUCAAUGAUUGGGUCGCAAAGGCAUCCGUUAAAUCGUAUGAAACCCUACGGACGGAACACUUGUCGGACUUCCACUCGUUGUUCAACAGAGUUGACGUCGAUUUGGGUCAGUCGUCGGCACAACAGACGGCGUUAUCGACCGCUAAACGGAAGGUCGAAGCGGUCGCGACAUUCGAUCCGGACUUCGAGGAAAUGUUUUUCCAAUUCGGAAGGUAUCUCAUGAUAUCGUCGUCGCGAACGAGUCUUCCGGCAAACUUACAGGGUCUAUGGAACGACAACAAUAGUCCCGCCUGGCAUGCAGACUAUCACACAAACAUUAAUAUCGAGAUGAACUACUGGCCCGCAGAGACAACUAACCUUGCUGAAUGUCAUUUGCCUCUAUUCAAUAUGAUUCGGAGUCAAUUGAAUGUAUGGCGCAAACAAACAAGAACUUCAGAUGAAUUACUGACACCUCUGGGCAAACACUCGUCAAAAGCAUUCAAAGUAGAGUAUGCGCAACACUUUUGGGAACAUUACGCGUUCGGAAUGAAUAAGACAUUUCUAAAGGACGUGGCCUAUCCUUACCUCAAAGAGGUCUCCGAAUUCUGGGACGAGCAGCUGAAUGUUGUGACGAACGGCACUAAACAACAGUUGGGAAAACUGGUUGUCCCUAAAGGGUGGUCACCAGAACACGGACCCCAUGAGGACGGCUUUAGUUAUAAUCAAGAGAUUGUAUGGGAUUUGUACACAAAUUACGUGAAAGCGGCGGAUGUGUUGGGAGUCGACAAAGAGUUCAGGGAUCGCGUGGCGGCUCACUCGGUCAAUUUGAAAAGUAACUACAAUAAAAUAUUCUCUAAGGAAUUGGAUUCAGAUUGUGGUCCAAAUGAAUCGGUUUACUCGGAGUCACUUAUUUCCAAAUCUGAGUUUAACAUCGCCGGCGACUGUACUCGUAAUCAACACAUUAUUCAGCGUAUGAUUAGCCCAAUAGAUGUCCAACUGGUGUCCACCUCUGGCCCGCAGACCUUUCGCGUGUCCGGCCGUCCACUCCCGGGGCAGAGCCGACAACAGUUCGACGACUUCUUCAUGACUCUGGACCAGCAUUUCGGCGACGGCUGCGGUUAUACCGAAAUUGCCGUCGAUUUGCAUCGGAGGGUAUUACGGUCUGCCAUCAGCUCGCGUAGUAAGUGGUGGGCGUUCUCGGCGUCCCUGAGCCGGGCGUAUAUGGCUGUUCGCCACGCAAACGACCACUCCUUCACUUCGCUCUUUGGGGAAGCGUUGGCUAAAGUGGGUGUUGUUUCCCAAUUGAAUUGGUGUCCCGGGAAUACGCCAAACAAAUGGGAA